GCCGCCUAACCAAUCCCGAACUCAUCGUCGAGAAGAGCUCUCACUUCCUCGUCCUCCCCGCAAUCAUCGCAUCUCGACCAGUUUGACUGUUUUCUAGUUAUCAUGUCGUACUCCAGAGUCUUUGUAUGUCUUCCAAUGUCUUCUUCUUCUUCUUUGCUUCAGUUAGGUGGUUGAUCUCCAUCUGCUUCUUCCGCCCUUCUCUCUGUCUGCCGGCAUCCAGCAGUGUCCGAAACACCCUACACACAUAUUACUAAAACACAUACUAACGAUCUCAUCAUUUCGCUUCUCUAGUCCAGCAGGCUAAUGGCACAGCAGCGUGUCCGGAGUGGUCUUGCUAUCGGUGCAUUCGGCACCGCUCUUGCUCUUUCCAACAUUCCCGUCAUCCACGCCGAGACCGAGAAGAAGCCGAUAUACGACGACAAGCCUCCUGUCGACCCCAGCCCCGCUGCCACCGUCAUCAAAGAGCCCCCACCUGUUCUCGAAUCCUACGUCCGCGAGGGCCGUCUGUACCUCUCCAAAGCGCUCUCGUUCGCCAAAGUCCAUCUCGACAUCGGCAUGCAAAAAUACCUCGAGACAGAGUCGACAGUCACGCGCACCGUCUCAGAGCUCAAGAGCGAAUCCGAGCCGCUGCUUCCCGACCUGAUCUACGUCCUCGUCCUGACCCUCUCCACCAACAUCGCUCUGCGCAAGCGCAACAUCUUGCUGCGCGGUGUCUUGGGCCCCGCCGCGGUCGGAACCGCCGCCUUUGCAUACUUCCUUCCCCAGACCUUUGAGAACGUCGGCAACUUGCUCUGGAAGUUCGAGGUCAUGGCCCCGAGCGUCGCCGACGCGCACUUGAAGACCAAGGCGGCUGUUGUUGAUACUUAUCACUCUGCGCUCAAGAUCAAGAGCGACUCGCGUGCCGCACUCGACAGCACUGUGUCGACUACCCGAAAGACUAUCAAGGACUGGACCGGUCUGCUUGUCUCGGAGGAUGAGCAGGAGAAGAAGUAAAUGUUAGAGUGCUCUCUAUCUUUGUAUUUGGCGCAUCUAGAAUCAAAGUCAUGUCCCUACUAUUACACGUCCUCUUGUAGUCUCAAAGCAGCUUCCAAACAC